AGAAUCUGAGAGUACCAUACCUCGCUCGCCCUUGAUGGAGGACAAUUUGCGACAAAGUAUCUUUUUUUACAUAAUCUAUGUAACGUCAGAUACCAAGUUUUAAAGGCAGGGAAAAUGGAAUCAAAAGGGUGUCAAGAUCUCAAUUUGUCACACGUUUCAGCGGACAUUCUGUGCGAGUUUCUGGAAGUGGCAGUUCAUCAGAUCUUGUACAUCAGGGAGCUCUAUCCUCUUGGAAUCUUUGAAAGGAAACAGAAAUACAAUGUUCCUGUUCAGCUAUCCCGUCACCCGGAGCUGAACCAGUACAUAACAGAUGCUGUUAUGGGUAUCAAACCACAUGUUAUCAAGGAUGAUGUCCAAUGCGUUACUGUUGUUAUUUUGAAUGCCAAACACAUUGCUGUUGAAAGAUUCGUCUUUGAGAUUGCAAGGCCAUCAACAAAGAAAGUUGAUAGCAUAGAGAAUCGUCUGGAGAGACUAGAGCAGAGUCUACGAGCUUUUUUACUGAGGCUUAAUACAUGCGAUGCAGUUUUGCAUUCACUCCCCCAAGAUUGCACAUUUUCUUUACUGGUUUAUACUAAAGGAUCUGCAACAAUGGAAUCACAUGAUAGGCAACUAUUACAGGAGUUUCCCUGGAUAGAGGCUGAUGAUCACAUGUGUUCUAUGGAGGAUGCAACCCUUGUUCCACUCAAAGCCGUCUCGUCAGAUCUCUUGAAGAUGCAGCUGUAUGUUGAAGAAGCUCCAUCCAAAUUGGAUGUCAGGUGACAAGGAGUGCCUUGUGAACAAUAGAGGGCACUGUUUAUCUGGAUAUGCCGACAGCUGAUGUGUCAUCUUAACCACAUGAAAGGGGACAAAUAGUAAUGUAUUGCAUAGUUUAGGGCCGAGUCAUUACUGGAUUUUUUUUAACUGAUGACUGCUUGUGAUUUUUCGGCGGAGACCGGGGCCCCGUCUUACAAAGAGUUAUGAUUGAUCCAAUCAAUUGUAACUCUAUGGAAAUCCAUCAGUGUCAUAAUUUUUUCUAGAGGAAAUUUGCAAAAUGUCCUUUGUAAACAAAGGAGAACAGUGCACCAAAUUGUUACGAAAUCAAUGAAUUUAUAGAUAUACAUCUAUAAAUAUUUUUGAACAGACAUGCAUUUUAUAUGUUGACUUUGUUGGCUUUCCAUAGUUGCGAUUGAUCGGAUCAAUCACAACUCUUAUUAAGACGGGCCCCUGGUGGAUUGGUGAGGCCAUGUUGUUUUGUCUGUUUGCGACUCUUAAUUACUCCACUGCAGAAUUGCAGUGGAGUAAGUGGACUAAGAGUGGCAAACUGAAAAAAGAAGCAUUUUCAAUUUUGUAGAAAAUAGUCUAAAUUACCACAAAAAAAAUUAUAUAGCCUCAUGAUUCAUUUGGCUUUUGACUCAUAGAAAUGUUGGUAUACUUAACUUUCCAAGAAUAUUUCACCUUUGCAGGAUUUAAAUGUAUCAUUUGACAUCAGUUGGUGACUUUUGCAUGUUAAUACUGAAAAGGGGUUAAAUACUUCACACAAUUAUAAUUAAUAAUGAUAAUGAUAUGCAACAUUUAUAUAGUGCUGCAUAUUAUAUAUUCUGAAAUAUCUGUAUAUACUUGAUAUUGUAUUUUGUUGGAGGUUUUACUAUGCAAAUAUGGGUAUAGAGGAUGGCAGCAAAAGUAAUGAUUGGGUAUCAAAUUGUCUUUCAUCAUGUUUUUUCUCUAUUGAUUGUAACUGUUUGAUGUUAUUAAUGUUUAUGUGUCUGUAUAUAUUUAACAAUGCCAGAGACAGAGAAGUUAUAUAAAGUGCCAGAGAGAUAUAAUGUAAUAUUGAAGACAAGAAAUUAUUGAGCAAAGAAUAGUGUUGAAUAACAGUGUUAUGUGUUAAACACAUGACCUAUUUCAGGGGGGCGUUUCAUGAAAGGACUUGUCGGACGUUUUAUCCGACAAGUCCCAUUUUAUCCGACAGUUACCAUAGGAACAGUGCCUCUCAGCCAAUCAAAAUCAUGGAAAGAUGUCAGAUCUGACAACUUGUCGGAUGAAAAUAUUGAUGAAACGCUCCCAAGAUUGUAUAGAUAUCCAUUUCUGAUGUUAUGGAGUGGGUCUGAGACAGUGCAAAAUAUGCUGAAAGAGACAUAGAAAUUGGAUUAUUCAAUUCUAUCUUUUGCUCAGUCUUGAAAUAUACAUGUAUGUUAUGGUAGUAUUGUUAGUUUGACAAAUCAACCAGAUGUUGCCAGAGAGUUGUGAAAUUAUAGCUAUGAAUGCA